UUGAAAACAAACAUGUGAAACUUUUAGCGUGCUGCGUCUGUAACUAUGUGAUUGUUUUGAUCAACCAAAUUCAUAAGACUAGAUCUGAAAAACAAGCCAAGUUGAUAAGUAGCGUAGCGGAAGACAAAUCAGCAAUGGCUUCCCCUGCAGCUCCUUCAGAAACAACUGUUGGGCCACCAGCUACUGUGGACGCUAAAGCGGAGCUUGCUGCCCUCCUGGACCAAUGGGAACAGAAGCAGCAAGGCACCACUGAGGAGCUGGUCUCUAUCCUCACAAAAAUCUCUGAUCUAAUUGAGCAUGAAACAGAGGAGUACCACAAGGCAGACCCUGAUCCAUUUGAUGACCGCCAUCCAGGACGGGCAGACCCAGACUGCAUGCUGGGACACAUCCUGAAGAUGCUUCUCAGGAAUGAGGACUUUACCGAUGCGUUAGUGAUCAGUUACGUGAUGACCAGCAGAGAACUGAGUCUCAAUACAGCAGCAUGUCGUCUGCUUCAGAACAUUAUGCCAGGCCUGGAGAGUGAUGUGGUCUUCCAAGAAAGGGAGGGUUUGGUUGAGAGGCUGUUCAGUUGGGCCCGGGAGGCAGAGCGACCGCUGUGCAUCUACGCCGCUGGUCUAUUGGCAAGAGCCAUGUGCAACCAGGAAAUAGCUGCCAACUAUAGGGAGGAGAACUCUCAGCUGGUACCCCUCAUGAUCCGGCGUCUGUUUGAGCUGCAGUCUGAAGAGUUAACAGAACACUCCAGUCCUGCUAAGACCCACCUGAGCCUCUUUCACAAACCUGGAGACGAAGUGAAUCGAACUCUGAGCGCCACACUCACAACAGAUCCACAGCCAUUGAGGGAGGAUGAGGAAGAGGAGAGAGAGGAGGAAGAGAGGAGAGAGAGACAGGAGGAGGAGAGCAGGUCAGCAUCAGAGGGCAGAUCCAGACCAUCAUUUGUGUUGGUCACCGCUCAAAAAAGGAACAGUAGCUGUAACAGCGGCAGGGGUGUUUCUGGGUCAAUCCGACUGCUCCCAGACCCUGUGUACCAACCCACCCCAGACCCAACCCUCAGGGAAUCGGAGGGGAUACUGGAAGGAGGAACAGGAGGGGGAGGAGGAAAGAAGAAGGUGGUUAAAGAGAACGGAAGAAAGGCAAAACAGAAACUGAACUUCACCUCCUCUGCCCCAGGCACAGAAGAUUGGGAGGAGGGGAGCAAAACUAGUGGCCAGCUGGCCAAUAGCACCUCUUGGUUUGAGAUGAGCUCGAUGGUGAUUGGCUCAAACUACUGCCUGUCACCACUGAGCCUGGCCAUGGAGCAGAGGCUGAUUCUUCAGUAUCUAACACCACUUGGAGAUUAUCAAGAGUUACUGGCUGUGUUCAUGCAGCUUAACACCAGAGCCCUGCUGAUGAGCUACAUUGACCUCAGGCGGACCAAUGAUGUUCAACUCACCUUCGAAGCCCUGCUGUACCUGGCCUCCUUGCUCCUCCAUAAGAAGUUUGCAGCAGAUUUCAUAGCGCAGGGAGGAGUCCAGAUGCUACUAGAGAUCCCGAGGCCGUCUAUGGCAGCCACUGGAGUUUCUCUGUGUCUGUACUACCUGGCUUACAACCAGGAUGCUAUGGAGAGGGUUUGUAUGCUGUCCGACAGCGUGCUUUCAGACAUGGUUUCCUACGCUCUGUGGCUGCUGGAGUCAUCCCACGCCUCGGGCUGCUGCCACGCUACCAUGUUCUUCUCCAUCUCCUUCUCCUGCAGGGCUGUGCUGCAGCUCUUUGACAAACAGGAUGGCCUACGCAGGCUGGUCAACCUGAUAAGCACCUUAGAGAUCCUGAACAUUGAGGAUCCGGUAUCCGUAUUGAGUGAUGACCAGGUCUUCUCCAGCCGGCAGACAGCCAAGCACACCUGCAUGGCCCUGCGCAGGUACUUUGAGGCCCAAUUGGCAGUGAGGACUGAACAGGUCAAACAGUCCUUGCAUGGAUCAGAGGGGGGUGCUAGUGUUCCCCAGCAGCCAUAUUACAAGGCCUGUACAUACAGCAGGGAGCAGGUGGUGGAGAUGAUGGAGUUUCUCAUAGAAUGUGGUUCCCCUCAGCUCCACUGGGAGCCUGUAGAGGUUUUUUGCAAGCUCUCCUGUGUUCCUCUCAUGCUGCAGCUCAUAUCUACGGCCUGCGACUGGAGGACUUACUACGGCAGGAGUGAUACCGUGCGGUAUGCCUUGGACAUCCUGGCCAUUCUGACGGUGGUUCCGAAGGUCCAGCUGAUUUUGGCAGACACCAUAGAGGUCCUGGAUGAGACCAAGUCACCCGUUUCUACCGUGGGAAUGAGCAUCAUCCUGGGUGUGGCAGAGGGAGAGGUGUUUGUUAGUGACGCUGAGAUUCAGAAAUCUGCACUACAGGUGAUUAUCAACUGCGUAUGUGCCCCAGAACUGAGCCUGAAUGCAGUUGGGGCAUUCGCUGUCACCCCUAUCAGGCCAGGAAAUACCCAGCAGCCACCAGCCCCCCACAACAAGGUCUUGGCCCGCAUGUGGCAGGUGGUGCAGAACAAUAAUGGGAUCAAGGUGCUUCUGUCUUUGCUGUCGGUGAAGAUACCUAUUACAGAUGCGGACCUGAUCCGUUCUUUGGCCUGUAAGGCCCUGGUUGGACUUUCCCGUUGCUCGGCCAUCCGGCAGAUCAUCAGCAAACUGCCACUAUUUAGCAGUGGACACAUUCAGCAGCUAAUGAAAGAGCCGGUGCUGCAGGACAAGCGCAGCGAGCACGUCCGUUUCUGCCGCUAUGCUGCUGAGCUCACCGAGCGCAUCUCUGGCAAGCCCCUCCUCAUCGGCACUGAUGUGUCACUAGCUCACCUGCAGAGAGCCAGUGUGGUCGCCCAAUCACGGAUCACCUUCCCAGAGAAGGAGUUGCUGAUGCUGAUCCGGAACCACCUGGUUGCUAAGGGGCUGCAUGACACGGCGAACACGCUCAUCAGAGAGGCCAGUCUACCAGCAGGGCCCUUCUGCCCAAACUCUUCCUGCAUCACACCUACCUCCUCAUCUUCAUCCGCAAUUAUCCCCAGGGCUCACCGGCUUGCAAAUGGGAUUGGUGUUCGCAUGGCCAGCCAUGCCGGAUCCUCCCCUGUGUCCUCAGUUACCUCUUCACCCUCGGUCCAACCCCGUCCCAUCUCUGUCCCUCAUCAUCCAUCCUGUUCCCCUUCAUGUAUCUCGGCCCCUCCUACUUCUACACUUCACGUUCAGAGCACUCCGCCAGUUGGCCGGAUCUUGUUCUCAAGGGAGCGGCCGGUGUCCAACUGCAUCGCAGGGAAGAAGCCUCGUGUGCUGAAACAGAAGUCUGAUCAUGGGGCCUUCAUACAGAGUCCAGCGAUGAGGAAGCAGCUAGAGCGCCACCUUCCCUCUCCCCCAGCUCUGGACAGCAUCAUCACCGAGUACCUGAGGGAGCAGCACGCCCGCUGCCCCAAUCCGGUCACUACCUGCCCACCGUUUUCCCUCUUCACCCCCCACCGCUGCCCUGAGCCGAAGCAAAGACGGCAAGCUUCGCCCAACUUCACUGCUCGCCUUGGAAGCAGGAUGUUUUACCCUAAAUAUGGAGGGGUGGAUAGAGGGUGUCUGGAUCGACACCUGAUAUUCAGCAGAUUCCGUCCAAUGUCAGUGUUCCAUGAGGGCGAUGAAGACGAGAGUGGUUUCACCUGUUGCGCCUUCUCAGCCAGGGAGCGUUUCCUGAUGCUGGGGACCUGUACCGGUCACCUCAAACUCUACAAUGUCUUCUCUGGGGCGGAGGAGGCCAACUACAGCUGCCAUAACACAGCCAUCACACACCUAGAGCCCUCCAGGGAUGGAACUUUGUUGCUGACUUCUGCUUCUUGGAGUGUUCCCCUAUCUGCUCUAUGGAGCAUGAACGAUGUCUUCACCAUGAGACACUCGUUUAUAGAUGACCACUACGUGGAGUUCAGCAAACUCUCUCAGGACAGAGUCAUUGGCACCAAGGACCAAGUUGCCCAUAUCUAUGAUAUCCAAACAGGUCAGAAGACUCUGACCCUGAAUGACCCUGCUCUCGCCAACAACUACAAGAGAAACUGUGCCACUUUCAACCCCACCGACGACCUGGUGCUCAACGAUGGGGUCAUGUGGGAUGUGCGGGCGCCACGGGCCAUCCACAAGUUUGAUAAGUUUAACAUGAACCUCAGCGGCGUGUUCCAUCCCAACGGCCUAGAGGUCAUCAUCAACACUGAGAUUUGGGAUCUGAGAACCUUCCACCUCCUUCAUACUGUCCCUGCCCUAGACCAGUGUAGGGUGGUCCUCAAUAGUAAUGCCACCAUCAUGUAUGGAGCCAUGCUGCAGGCCGAUGAGGAGGACGAUGCUAUGGACCAGCAGAUGAAGAGUCCCUUUGGUUCUUCCUUCAGAACUUUUGAUGCUACAGACUACAAGCCCAUUGCUACAGUGGACGUGAAGAGGAACAUCUUCGACCUGUGCACUGACACCAAAGACUGCUACCUGGCUAUCAUUGAGAACCAGGACACGGUGAACUUGGACACAGUGUGUCGUCUCUACGAAGUGGGACGACAAAAACUGGCAGAGGAGGGAGACGAUGAUGAGGAUCAGGACAAUGAAGACCAAGAGGAUGAAGACUCUACAGAUUCAGACGACGACGAUGAUGAUGAUGAUGAUCUAGACACAGAUCCUCUUGUUGUGGAACUGGCCGGUUUCAACCCAGAUGAGGACCUUAAUAUAGACCAGCCCGAGUCUCCCACAGAUGAAGAGGUGGCACAUCUCCUCAACAACAGUGAUGAUGAUGGUGACGACUCUGACGAAGAGUCCAGCCUUGGUGACUCAGACACCUCGGACAGCUCAGUUAACAUUUUCAUAGACACUUCAGAUCUGGAGAAUGACCUUUAGUCCCUUGAUGACUAAGCACUUCUGAGGAGCAACAUCUCUGGAUCGCCUCCUACCUGUGCAGGGGCACCGGUGCUGAUGUGAAAGUUUUCCUUUCUUUCUUUUUUUUUUCAAAUCUUCAAUUCUUUUAAUCCUGAAAGAUGAUGAUGGCCUGGUUGAGAAGCUGGGGGUAAAAUUUGAAUGGCAAAAAAGGACUACACAAGAAUUCAAAGUCUUAAACAAAACAAAAAGACCUUUUUUCUUCUUUAUUUUUUAAGAUAGGGGAAGUAUAACUGAAACGCUGAUGUUUCACCUGACCCUCUCUGCUUCUUCUUUCCCUAAGACAGAGAUGGGUCAAAGAGUGUGCAGAUUUUGAAUGACGUAUUUAUGAUAUUUCACCAUGUUGAUGUACGUUGUUAUUAUGCUUUUGUUUUGGAUAUUUCAUUAUUACUGGAAGUAAGACCCCUGUAUUGUAUUUUUAUUUUUAAGAUAUACUAAUGAGGUUAGUAUCAGCAUUUGACCAUGAUUUAUCAAAGCUAAUUUAACUUACAGUGAAGGAUAGACCCCGUUUGGGACUAACACAAACCACUGCAUGGGUGCUUGUCCCAUGGAAAUGCCUUAAUGAUUUCCUGGACAACUUGUUUUGUGAACUUCACAAAACUUUUGACUUGAGUUGGGCAAGGUUUCCUGACAGAAAUUUGCCGAUCUGAUAAGCGUUCUGAAAUCCUUGA